AUGCCCUAUCCGACAGCUCCGUUUGCGGCAGAGCCUCCAGGGGGUGGCGCGCUCUCUCCGGCCUCUGCGUUUCCUCCCCCGUUUUUUCCGCCUUCGCCGCCCUCGCUCUCCUCGACUGCUUCCUCCCCCGCUUUGCCGUCGGCAGCCUCUCUCUGGCGCACUCGCAGUCUCAGCGCAGGUCCAGGGGAGCGUGCCGAAGCUGCGGCGCCGGCCGCGCGCGGAGCUCCCCCGGCGGCUGGAGAGGCGGCGGCGCGGCGCGGCAGCUGCGCAGGCGCGAGUGAGAAGAGGAGCGAGGAGGAAGAGCAGAGAGUCGGGGCUCUCGGUCCGGCGACGGAGCUCUACUUUCGGCUGAAGAAAAAGGGGUAUUUUGGCGGAGACCGCAGCGGACCGCCUGCCGGCUUCGACCACCUCGCGCUGAGCGCAGGUGCCCUCACUCCGGGCGUCGACGACAGCAGUUGCCCCCGGAGCGCGUCUCUUCCGUCGCAGGCGUCCGACUCGCUCCAGCGGAGUCCCGACCAAGCAAGAGACGAGGCUCCCGCGCCGUGCGCCUGCGCGCCGCUGCGGAAUCCGGCUUCCUUCUCGGCGACCGCGACCCCCGGCGCGCACCUAAAGGCAGACAGCAUGCAGAGCGGCUGUGGGGGGCCUGCUGCGUCGGUCUCUUCCUCCUGGCCGCAGGCCGCAGGAGGGCUCCCGCCCAGCGCCUCCUGCUCGUCCUGUGCGUCGUGCGCCGCCGCCGCCGCGCCUGCUGCGUCGCGCUGCUGGAGCGGCGCCCUAAACGUUAAGCUCGAAGCGAAGGCGCCGCGCGGCGCGGGCGACGUGCACCAGUCGGUUUCGCCGUCUUCGAAGGAGAACCUGCUCCCAUCGCUCUGCGCCGCUGCGCGCCCUGCGUCGCCGUUCCUUCCUCUCUUCGCGGCCGGCUCGCGGGCGUCUCAGCUGGGGUGGCCUCCGCAGGGGAGUGCCGAAAGGCUCCACGCCGCGCUGCCUUCCGCGCACGCGCUCGCGCCUCUCUCUCUCCACGCCCGCCCCGCGGGACUCGUGGGCUGGGACGGCGGCAGAGCGGGAGGCAGCCGGGAGGAGAUUCUGUUCUUCCGCGAGCUACCCGUGAAGGUGAAGAGUGGCUCAGACCGAGACAGCUUCGUCUGCCCGCUCACGCUGAAGCUCUCCGUCUCCGGCGGCUCGCAAGGCACAGGCUUCCAGCAAGUGCUUCGCGUGGAGCUCACGGACCGGCAGAAUCUGUUCGUUCACUACAGCGCGGAAGUCGGAGAGACAGAUUUUUCGCGCAUGCGGAGCGAGCAGCGCCUUCUCAUCGACUUCCAAGCGUUUCCCGCCAAGUUUGUCGAGCUCCUCGAGGAGUGUGCCUUCUGCCCCGCCAGCGAGGGCUCAGCCCAGAGACUCGCGGCGAUAUUCACGUGCCCCGGUUUCUGCGGCUCGAGCGUCCCAGCGGCCUCCUCCUUCCCGCCGGAAGGCGCAGGCGACGGCCGCAAGGCGCCUUUCUUUUCUGAUUUCCCCCGAAACGGCGAGAACUGCAGCCCUGGCAAGAUGAGCGCCGUCGCGACGGCGGGCGGUGAGGCGUGGCUGAGCCUCGUGGAGCUAAACUUGUUCAAAGAGCUGACGCAUCUCUCGCUCCGGCUGAGAAAGAGCUCAGACGACACACUUAAACUCCACCUGGCGCAGCAACUCGCAGCUUUCCAGGAUUUCAGUUCAGCGAAGAUGGAAGAGGUUGCUUUGCUGCAGAAGCAACGCGCGCACCUCCAGGAGCAACUCGCGGGGCUCGCGAACCUCUUCGAAGCCUCGCAGGCGGAAACCGCGCGGCUCUUCGAGGAGACGAAGGAGAAGCACGAGGAGAGCCUGAAAAAGGCGUUGGCGGCGCAAGGCGCGGAGGCGGAAGAAGUUCUGCGGCGGCUCGGGGCGGAGCAGCGCGAGCGGGAAGAAAAACACGCGAUAGAGAAGGAGGAAAUCAAGCAAAAAGUGGAGAAAUCUGAGCAAGAGCUUCUCCUGGCGUCGGGUCGCACCGCGGCGCUGGAGGCGGAGCUGAAGGAGCUGCGGGCGGCGUACGAAGACGCCAAGAGCCAAGUCGGGCGCGUGGUCUGGCGCUGCGGCGAAGUGGAGGGCCGUGAGAGACAGGAGCGCGAAGGGCGCUGCCUCCUCGAGCAGAGGGCUGACGAGCUGAAGGAAGAAGUAACGAAGUUGAAGGAACGCGACGCCGCGAGCGCCACCAUCCUCAAGGAGAGGGAAACGCUGCUCAGCGAACUGCAGGAACAAAAGGUGGCGUUGCAAGAGCGGCUGAAGCAGCAGAAGGAGCGCGAAGGGCAACUUGAGGAGGAGCUCAACACAGCCAUUCAAGAAAUUCACCGGGGCAACGAAAUCAUCGCGAAGCUGCAGCAGCAAAUUCGCACGUUCAAGGCGAAGCAGAAGGCGAGAAGCGCGGACUGCCAGGCUCUGGAGAAGGACGUGGCGGCCUUGACGCUCAAGAGUGCGUCGCUGCAGCAGCAGUUGGAGCACCAGCGCGCGGAGGAGCGGCAGAAGGCGGAGCAGGCAGCUGCCCUCGCUCAGCAGUGCGAACACCUCUGCCAAGAAAUUAGCCAACUUCAGGAGGAGCUUGCUGCGGCGAAGGACGUGAACCUUCGCCUGAACAAGGAGCUGACGACGCGGCAGUUGGAGACCUACAUGAGCCGCUACAGCUCCGCGCGCGGGCCUUCCGCAGCCGCCUCCGCCUUCUCUUCGUUCUCCGCCGCGCCGACGCGGAGCUUCGGUCAGGGCGGCGCUCCGGGCGAGCGAGACGGGGCGGCGCGGUCCCACGAAGAGGCGGCAGUCUUCGCGUCGAUUCCCACCUCUGUCGCGGCGCAGUCCACGCUCUCGGCGCUCUCGAGGAUCUCGCGGGCCGACGACGGAGCGACAGGAUCUUUCGAUGCUGCAAAAAAGACAGACGCGCGCCUGAGCGGCGGCCUCGGAUGGCCGUCCCCCUCGCCGCGCACGCUUCUGGCUUCUGUGGAGAAACGCGAAGACAGCGAGGACGCGCAGGCCGACGCGGAGGGCGCGCCGCACGCGCGCCCGACCGGCGUCUCCGGGCCUGGAGCCCGAGGAGACACCCUGUCUCCGCGGUCGCUCGCGCCCGCGCCGCCGCAGGGAGACACCUUCGCCGACCGGCUCCGCGCGACCAGCUCGGCCGCGGCGCCCAGACACUGA